AUGAUAGAAAAUAACGCUGUUAUCCGGGCUCAUUUGCAAACCACGCUGUUAUUAUUCGGAUGUGCAAUAGGCUCCCUUUUUCUUCUCAGAACCUUUGGUCUUAUGCAUUAUAGUCCUUGUAUAGCUUUAAUCGAAAUAUUAAAAUAUUACACAAUCGAAGUUUUUCCACUAAUAUUCCUUGUGUUCUCAGAUUGGGCAUUCUUAUCGAUGCAAAAGCAGGAAGAAACUGAUUAUGUUACACAGCCUGAAUUAAAUAGUUGA